AUGGCUCCCAAGGACGCGAAGAAAGGCGGUGCCUCCAAGGCCGGUAAGGGCGCUCAGGCCAAGAAGGCCGCCCAGGCUGCCCUCAAGGGUGUGCACGCCCACAAGAGGACCAAGGUCCGUCUGUCGACGACCUUCCACCGUCCCAAGACCCUCGUCCUCUCGCGCGCCCCCAAGUACCCGCGCAAGUCGGUCCCUCACGAGCCCCGCCUCGAUGAGCACAAGAUCAUCGUCCACCCGCUCAACACCGAGGGUGCCCUGAAGAAGAUCGAGGAGCAGAACACCCUGGUCUUCAUCGUCGACGUCAAGGCCAAUAAGGCCCAGAUCAAGCAGGCCCUCAAGAAGCUCUACGACAUCGACACCGUCAAGAUCAACACCCUGAUCCGCCCUGACGGCUCCAAGAAGGCCUUUGCCCGCCUCACCGCCGAUGUCGAUGCUCUCGACAUUGCUGCCACCAAGCUCGGCCUCGUCUAA